AUGUGUUUGGAGUCUGGAGUGGAACUCACGGACGAACUUUUCCCAGAUCCAGACCUCAAACGUCCCCUCCUUAGGGAUGGACCAUUAACAGUCCCUCCUCCAUAUGUGGAUUUCAUAGUACGAGAUUUGCUGCGUGCAGGAAUAAUCAAACAAAACGAAAAACCUGUGUGGUAUGAUGUAUAUGCUGCUUUCCCUCCCAAAUGGGAACCUUUAUAUGAAAAACCUUUAAAGAGCAAACGGAUCACUUCUGACAAUGUGCCCUCCAUUUUGUACAAAGAAGAUAUCAACAGGGCAAAAUUUUAUGAAGUGUAUGGUAAUGGACCAAGAGCAUUUGAAUUGUCUCGGACAAACUAUAAAUCUACAUGUCAACUAUUUGUGGAAAAAAAUGCAGAACUUCAGAAAAUGGGAGAAAUCGAUGAAAUAAAGCUCUUUGAAGAGACAGGGAAAGCACUUUUAGCUGAAGGAAUAAUCCUUCGGAGAAAAGGGACACCUGUGCAAUCUCAAGUGUUUGGAACCCAGGAUUCAUUGCUUGAAAUGAACUUAAAGAAAAUACUGGGGGAAAUGCAGCAGCAGCAAGAAGAAGAAAAAGCUCAAGCGACUAAAAUCAAUCCCACCCUUUAACUAUUAUAAAGCUGAUGCAUUGGACUUAAGUGAAGCACUAAAGAGCAUACAUUUAUUAAAAUAUGUAUGCGCUGGCAGGAGCCAUUUUUUAAAAAAAAAAUGAUCAGAAAUCCGUUUUUUGACGGAAUUCCAGAUUAAGAUGUUUUUUCAGUUAACUUUAAAGGGAUCAGCAGCAUUGGAUAUUUAAUAUAUUUCAAUAUCUGUAAUUUUGUGUUUAUUCCAUGAGCAGGAUCUAGGUUUAUUGACUUUAUUUAUUCCAUUCUUCUGUAAUGUAUUAUUAUUCUUAUUAUUGUUCCACUGCCUAUUGACA